UUCUUUAAAUUUAUUGUUGACAAAAGUGUCGCGCGAAAAAUCCUCGAGGAAAAUAAAAUUGUCACAAAUGUCAUCAGAAGGCACCAGCACGUCGUCGGAUUCAGACAGGAUGGCAGCCACAGAGUCUGCAGUAAAUAUUCUUGCCCAGGGCAAGAGGAAUAUGGUAUGUGGAGAGAUUCCUACAGCUGUUAAUCAGUUCCAAGAAGCUUGCAGUAUCCUCUCGAAGGCGUAUGGAGAGACUGCAAAGGAGUGUGCAGAUGCUUAUUUCUGCUAUGGGCAGGCUCUGUUGGACCUUGCCAGAAUGGAGAAUGGCGUGCUGGGAAACGCUCUCCAAGGAGUGCCAGACACAGAUGAUGAGACAACAGAACAGAAAGAUGGUCAGUUUGAAAAGGAAGAAAUCAAGGAGGAAGAACGCGAUAAAUUGAGAAAAGAGGUGUAUGAUGCAAUGGGAGAAAAGGAAACUGAGAAAAAAGAACGAGAGAAUAAAGAAAAAGAACAGAAGAAAGAAUCAGGAGAGACCAUGGAGGUUUCAAUGGAUACUGAAGACAAAGAGAAAAAGGAAGACAAAGAAGAGAAGAAAGAACAGGACGAGGUCAAAGAAAAGGAGAUUAAAGAGAAAGUAGAGGAAGGGAAGAAAGAGGAUGAAGAGAAGGUGAAAAAAGACGUUAAAGAAUCCGAAAAAGACCAAAAAGAUGAGAAAACUGAGAAAGAUGCGGAGAAAAAAGAGGAUGGAGAAGUGAAGAAAGAUAUUAAAGAAACAGAAAAGGACAAAACUGAAGAAAAAGAAUCUGAGGAGAACAGUGCUGAGGAGGGAGAAGAUGGUGAGGGUACUGAAGAAGAGGAAGGAGAGGGGACUGAAGAAGAGGAAGGAGAGGGGAUGGAGGAGGAAGGAGAGGGGAUGAAGGAGGAAGGGGCAGAGCCAGCAGAGGAUGCAGGGGAGACCACCUCACAGAAUGGAUCCCAGGAUGGGGAGAACCCAGAAGACGUUUCAAAUCUGCAGUUGGCCUGGGAGAUGCUGGAACUAGCAAAACUCAUCUACGCAAAGGACGAAUCCAAGGAAGCGAAACUAAGGUCAGCUGAAUCCCACUUAAAACUUGGAGAAGUCAGCCUAGAAACAGAGCAAUAUGAGGAAGCCAUCAAAGAUCUCAACAAAUGCCUGGACAUACAGAAAGAAAUCCUUGACUCAGAUAACAGGUUGAUUGCAGAAACCUAUUACCAACUUGGUCUUGCCUAUUGUUUCAACAAGAACUUCAAAGAAUCCACAGAGAGCUACCAGCAUGCCAUCAAAGUAAUGGAAGACCGCAUAGCCAACCUAACCAAAGUGGUGGAUGCUGCUAAACCUGAAGAAAAAGAAACCUCUGACUUUGACCAUCCAGUGUACAAAGCAAAGAAAGAAAUCGGUGAGCUCGAGGAGAUACUUCCUGACAUUAAGGCAAAAAUUGAAGAUGUGGAAGAUGAGAAGAAAAAUAUGGAAGAUCUGAAAAACCUUGCUAAGGAGGCUCUGGGAGGACUGACCUCUAGUUCCGGCAGUUCCAGCAGUUCUGCUCCUAUUGACACUCCAGCUGAGCCAUCCAAGGAAGAAAAGGCUGCCAGCGACAUAAGCCACCUCAUCAAGAGAAAGCGCAAGUCUGAAGAGGGGGAUGAGGAGGCGACAAAAAAGGCAAAGUCCGAAGAGGGCGCUGGAGACGCACCGAAGGUCAACGGUCAUGACAAGAAAGCUGAAGAGCCCAUGGAGACCAAGUCCUGAAGUAAGCCUGACAUUGCCCUAGAAGGAAUGAUACACGGACAGUUAUUGGGAGGAUUAAGGGCGGAUUGUACUACCUUAUGUACACAUGAUGCCUAGGACUUGUGAGAGACUUGGCAUACAAAGCCUCGCGACAGGACGUGCAAUGUGACUGUGUAUAUAGGAACCAUUGUUAAAAGAAAGUUGAUAUUGAAUUAUUCAUGUUCUUGCGUUGAAGAAUCGGAUUAUUUUCUGUUCUGUUGUACAAAUAAAUUUGUGCAGCAAAA